AUGGAGGAGAUUCAGCCUAUCGUUACAAAACACGGUGUCACGACGGACGUUGUCGCCUUGCCGGAUGAAGUCGAAACGUUCGCCCCGUCCAGCGACCGAAGCCAAGCCGACUACGAGCGUGAAGAGCUUGCGAAACUCAUCCGUUCGGUGUUCGAUAGCUUCAAGCCUGAAACAACCUUUGAAGAGAUGAGGGCCGGAUGGGAGAGCAUGUUCCAUGGUACAAUACCGAGCACGGGGGCGACGUCGCAGAAGGUCGAAACGCCCGACUUCAAGGGCGAAUGGAUUACAGCACCAGAGGCCGAGCUCGACCGCGCUGUCGUCUAUCUCCACGGAGGGGGCUAUUGCAUUGGGUCCAUCACCUCAUACCGCGACAUGUGCGAACGCCUCUCCAAGGCGACCAAGUCGCGCGUGCUCGCGGUGGACUAUCGACUUGCCCCGGAGCAUCCCUUCCCGGCAGCCCUUGACGAUGCCGUCAGUGCAUAUCGCUGGGUGUUGUCGCGGGGUAUCAGCCCUCAACGCGUGGCAAUUGCGGGCGACUCGGCCGGCGGCAAUCUCACCCUGGCGACCAUGUUUGUCGCCAGGGAAUCCGGUGACCCUCUUCCAGCAUGUGCCGUGCCCAUCUCUCCGUGGAUCGAUCUGGAGCACAAGAGCGAGUCGAUGACGACCAUGGACGAGCUGGAACCCAUGUGUCACAAGGCCGUGCUGGACAAGUGUGCCGAUCUCUAUCUUCCCUCAGGAGACAAGACAAGUCCUCUCCUCUCGGCUCUCAAUGGCGAUCUCACAGGUCUCCCACCACUAUUCGUCCCCGUCGGAGGCUCCGAGACUCUCCUCGACGACGCGCGUGCCCUCGCACUAAAGGCCAAGGAGGCCAACGUCCCCGUCGAGCUGAAGAUCUACGAUCGCCAAUUCCACGUCUUCCAGAUCUUUGCGAGCAGGAUGGCCGAGGCGCAGAGUGCCAUAGACGAUAUAGGCCGGUUUGUUCUGAGUCAUAUUCCAUAA